AUGUAUUGUAAACGAAUUACCUGCAUUUGCAUAUCAGACCCAAGUUUUGAAGAUCUUCUCUUUAAGGAUUCAGAGACGUGGGUUGACGAAUUUGUUAUACCAGUGUUCGCUAUCUAUGAAUUCAUUUUCUUCGUCGGUUGGCUUAAAGUGGCUCAGGUGAUGCUAAACCCUUUUGGCAUGGACGACGACGACUUUGAUAUCGACAUGCUCGUCGAGAGGAAUCUGCAGGUAACUUCCUUCCUUCUUCUAAACUACGUGCUUUACCAAAGUUUUUCAAUGACAGUGCUAUAG